AGUCUGAAGCAGGCCCACCAUGCCGUUAGUAAUGAGGAACAUCAAGCCAAGGCACCUGUGCCCUCAGACGUUGCCUAGCGUUAGAAGCGAGCUGGAAUGCAAGACCAACAUCACCCUGGCAAAUAUCAUCCGACAGCUGGGCAGCCUGAGUAAAUAUGCCGAGGACAUUUUUGGAGAGCUCCUUACUCAGGCAAAUACUUUGGCCUUUCGGGUAAACUCCCUUGCUGAGAGGGUCGACUGCCUCCAAGUUAAAGUCACUCAGCUGGAUCCCAAGGAAGAAGUAUCACUACAAGGAAUCAACACCCGAAAGGCCUUCAGAAGCUCUACUGUUCAAGACCAGAAGCUCUUUGACAGAAACUCUCUCUCCAUACCUGUUUUGGAAACAUACAACACCUGUGACACUCCUCCACCUCUCAACAAUCUUACCCCUUACAGGGAUGAUGGGAAAGAGGCACUCAAAUUCUACCCAGACCUUUUGCACUUCUUUGAUCUUUGGAAGGAGAAGAUGCUUCAGGACACCAAGGAUAUCAUGGAAGAGAAGAGGAAGCAUAGGAAAGAAAAGAAAGAUAAUCCAAAUCGAGGAAAUGUAAACCCACAUAAAAUCAAGACACGUAAGGAAGAGUGGGAGAAAAUGAAGAUGGGUCAAGAAUUUGUGGAAUCCAAAGAAACUUCUUGGUAUCCACCCACCUUGGUGUACCAGAAUGGCAGCAUUGGCUCUGUUGAGAACAUGGAUGCCAGCGACUACCCACCACCACCACAGUCAGACUCUAUUUCUCCACCUUCUCCUUCUUUCUCUGAGGACAACUUGCCUCCCCCACCAGCAGAAUUCAGCUACCUGGCAGACAAUAACCAAAGAGGGGCUGGCGUAGCUGGACUCAAAAAGUCCAGUGUGGUCAGCCCAAGCCACCCACCACCAGCUCCUCCUCUGGGCUCUGCACCAGGCCCCAAACCCGGGUUUGCUCCACCACCUGCCCCUCCACCUCCACCUCCGAUGAUAAACACUUGACCGCCAACCCCGCCUGGAGGAUUUGGGUCUCCAGCGACCCUGCCACCACCUUCACCCCCAUCUUUCCUGCCUCACCCCGAUUUUACUGCCCCACCACCUCCUCCCCAACCACCGACAGUUGACUACUCCACUCUGCUACUACCUCCCUUAUUUCAGCCAACAGGAGGCUCACCUCCGCCCCUGCCCCCGCCCCGUCCUCCAGGGCCCCCUCCGCCCCCUUUCAGUGGUGCAGAUGGCCAGCUGGCUGCACCUCCUCCGCCACUUUCUGACACCACCAAGCCCAAGUCCUCCUUGCCUCCUGUGAGUGAUGCCCGCAGCGACUUGCUUUCAGCCAUCCGUCAAGUCUUUCAGCUGCGCAGGGUUGAGGAGCAGCGGGAACAAGAGAAGCAGGAUGUUGUGGGCAACAACGUGGCCACCAUCCUGUCGCGUUGCCUUGCUGUGGAGUACAGCAGCUCGGAAGACGACUCCUCUGAGUUUGAUGAAGACGAAUGGUCGGAUUAACUCUUCUGCCUGCCGCCUACUUCCUUUUUCUUUCUUUCCCACCUGCCUUCUUUGAUACCUACCCCAACAGUCCCAAGGGGAAGAAAAGGGAGGAAAAAAAGAAUUUCAAGGGGCCAGAGCCUUCCCUGAAGCAACCAAAGAUAUAUCCCAAGUGCUUCCUCCAAAUCACCAUGUAUUUCCCAUCUCCCCAGGGUCAGGCCCCAUCGGGCUGCUGAGGUUCUGUAGCUGGGAUGUUCCCUGUUCCCUUCAAGUGACUGUUGCUGACUGAAGAGAAGGGAAGGCCCCAAGCACACUCCUUUGAUUGGGUUUAAAUUGGAGUUGGUGCCUUCCCCCAAGAGCCAUUUUCUGUAGUCUUGCCCUCAGCUGCUUUGCAUAGUGCCAGCCAUCUUCUUGUCCUGUAGCCUGCUGGCCCCUUUCCCAUGCACCGAGAGGGCGGAGCAGCCGCAGGCCUGGUGCCUCACCCCUCUGUCCUCAUCCGCAGGGUGAAGCUGCCUUUUUCUAAGCCAUCUCUGUGUCUAGAUGCCCUUUAUUCCAGGAGCCAUCAAGCCCCUAAAGAAAUGUCUCACCCCUCUCUGCUCAGAAACAGUGCCUUUCUGAAGGCAGGGGUGGCUGCCUCCCUCCCAGGCUUCCUUCCCGGAAUGUGCUGUCCCCGUGUCCCUCAAAUACCACUCCCUUGCCACCAGGUGCCUCCAAGCACCACAGCCCGGUUCUAACCUCUAGAAGCCAUGACCAAACUAGCCCUGACACCCAGGGAUCUGAGCCUCUGCUGCGGUUAGGAGCCGAGCAGGGACUCGGAGCUGCAAGACUGGAAGAAGACGGAAGUCUUUGGGUUGAAUGACACUGAAGCCUGGAGACGGGAAGUGACUUGGCUCACGGUCACACCAUUGGAUGGGGACAGAGCUCAAGCCCGGAGUUCCUGAUUCCAAGUCCCCUGUGCUUUAUUGGACCAAAUCGUGGGCACCUGCUAGAUUCCGGGCUCUGCGCUGCUCCAGACCUCCCGGCUGAGGCGAGUCCAGCAAAAGGGUGCAGGGCCUGUGCCAGGCCUGUCAGUGCUGCUCAGACCCUCGUGGCCGCACUUGCCAUCAUUUGCCCCGCCUUUCCUGUCACCAGCCCGGCACCUGGCCUUGAGAGCUGCCCUUUAGGGGGACCAGAGCAGUGAGAGGAGGAAGAGGGUAGGCAGUGUAACAGGCGCUGCUUUCAGUUCCUCUGCAUCUCCUCCCCCAUU